AUGGCUCGACGACUGGCCGUCUCGAGCAGCGACGAGUCGAACGAGGGCGACACGGCCUCGACGUCCUCCUGCGAGGACCAUGACGACGAUCAUUUCGGCCGAUUCCAACUUGGCCGCAGCGAGCUCAUCGACGACGAGGCAGCCGAGUCGGCUUCCGAGAAUGAUGACGACCCCGCCGCCGACGACGACGACAUCUUGUCCCGCACCGACGGCGACCCUUUCCACCAGUUCGCCGCGCUGCCGCCCGAGCUGCGUCAUCGCAUCUGGCAGCUCUUCUGCCCCGACCUGGCCUGCCGCGGCCGCUUUCUUCGUUUCCACCUCACCGAGAGCUCGAGGACUGUCGCCGGAGAGCCUGUCAUGGCCGUGACGGAAUGGAUCACACUGGCGGACCAGACGGAAUCCCUGCGUCGCCUCAUGGCCGUCCACCGGGAGUCGCGUGCCAUGGGCCUCAAAGCCUUCCCCGAAUUCCUCCCCAUAGACUCGGGCGAUGCCGGCGAUGGCCUCGUGGCCUUCAACCCCAAGCGAGACGUCGUCAUGGUUGAUAGUUUCUGGGACUACCCGCCACCCUACAAACUCGGACUGCUGCCGGCCUUUGGCUCCAAGGUCGUCAACCUCGCCACCCUCAAGUGGGGCGAUGCCGACGACGACGAGGCCAUCUCCUGCCUCACCUCCAGCGUAGCCCUCAUGCCCAACCUCAAACGCGUCUUCUUCUGGGAGUCGGACGAGGCCUACCGCAACGACAGGGAUGUGCGCUGGUGCGUCUCCAACCGCACGCAGCAGUAUCUCACCCCCACCUUUGAAAAGUUCCCUGGCGUGGGCGAAAACACAAACUCGGUCGCCUGCUGGCCCGACGUCGAGAACCAUCGAGACUUUGCCAAGUACACAUUGCCGACGAUCCUCAUGGACGAGAUGCCCCGCGAGAUCGGCGCCCUCGCGGCCAGGUUCGGCUUCGAGAUCUGGCCCAUGGUCGUCUUCGAGGUCGACGAUAACGUGAUACGCUGGGAGCUUCUCCGACACCAAAAGGACCUGCCCUACGACCAGGACUGGGAUGUCGACCUCUACGAGAAACUGUACGGGGACGGGGACGACGGCCGGAACGACGCCAACGGCCACCUGGACGAGUACGAGAGCGACGGCAUCGACGAUGCCGACAUCGAGCCGGACCUGUCAUCCGAUGAGGAAGACGUCGCUCACCUCCCGCCGCCGGACACCCUUUCGUCGGAGGAAGAACCAGCCUCGGCCGGGGCCUUUUCCAGCCCGGAACCCGAGAGCGGCACGGUCGAUGAUGCGGUGACUCGACGAUCGAAACGUCGCAUCGUGACGGACUCUGACGACGACGACGGUCCACCGGACGAACCCAAGCCUGCGAAGCGACGCCGUCUUCACGCCGCCCUCGACUCCGACGAGCCGGAUGACGCCGCCACCGCCGAUCAAGGGUCGCCUUCUCGGCGGAACGAAGCCGUUGUCGCCUCCGAUUCCGACUCGGACCGGAGCAGUGCCGACGAAGCCAACGCGGACGACUCCGUGGCGACACUGUCCAAGGCGAACGGUCGCGUCCGCCGCCGCAUGCCUGCCAUUGCCGAUUCGAGCGACGAGGGCGACGAGGGCGACGAAGGUCGAGGGGAAAGCGAGGACGGCCGUGACGACGACGGCGAGGAGCUUGGUUGGGUUGGCGCUUCGGCGACCGAUUCCGACGGUGAGGAUGACGAUGACGACGACGACGACGACGACGACGACGACGACGACGAACAAGGGCAUGACCUCAUUGCCGAGUACGCGGUCGAGUCGGGUGACGAAGACAAGGACGACGUCGAUGAUGGAAGGGAAGACGGACGGAAUGAUGACGACGAUGAAGACGAGGAUGGGUUUGAUCGCAACAACGAACAACCAAGCUUGAUGGACGCGUGGACGGUCGAGAGCGAUGGCACGGAGCAAGGAGAGGAUGAAGAUGAUGAAGAGGAAGAGGAUGACGAUGACGAGAAUGAGCAGGCCGGAUUGAUCGACACACUUGCGGACGAGUCCGACGAGGAUGACCGAGACACCGAGGAAGAUUGGUGA